CCCCCAUCACCGUCUCCUCCUUCCCUUCCUCAUCUUCUCCACUCUUACAGCCCCUUCCCCUGCACUUCCCUGGAUCUUCCUCCUCCUCCUCCCUGCUCUGUCCUCUGUCCAGUGUCUCUGGAGAUUCCCGCCUCUUUCCUGGCCCUCCGUUCUUCACUGUGCUGUGGAUCCACCCAGCAGGAUGUCACAGCCGAGCCUGUCCUGGCUGGCACUGGGGCCUGAGUGGGCCUCCCCAUGGCAGCUCCUGCUGCCCAUUGGUGCCCUCUGGCUCCUGGCCCGAAUUCUGACCCAGAUCUAUGCUGUGUAUGGGAGCUACCGUCGCCUUCGUUCUUUCCCUCAGCCUCCCAAACAGAACUGGCUUCUGGGACAUGUGGGCAUGAUAACUCCUACAGAGCAGGGCAUGAAGACAUUGACUCAGCUGGUAACCACCUACCCUCAGGGCUUCAUGCUGUGGAUCGGUCCAAUGUUCCUCACUAUCACUCUGUGCCACACUGACAUCGUCCGAUCUAUCCUCAAUGCCUCAGCUGCAGUUGCCCUCAAGGAUGUGGUACUCUACAGCUUUCUGAAGCCUUGGCUUGGGGAUGGGCUCUUGGUGAGUGCUGGUGACAAGUGGAGCCGCCACCGUCGUAUGCUGACCCCUGCCUUUCAUUUCAACAUCCUGAAGCCCUAUGUGAAGAUUUUCAAUGACAGCACCAACAUCAUGCAUGCCAAGUGGCAGCAUUUGAUCUCCAAAGGCAACACCCGUCUGGACAUGUUUGAGCAUGUCAGCCUCAUGACUCUGGACAGUCUGCAGAAAUGUGUCUUCAGCUUUAACAGCCACUGUCAGGAGAAGCCCAGUGAGUAUAUUGCUGCCAUCUUGGAGCUCAGUGCUCUAGUGGCCAAAAGGCACCAGCAGCCUCUGAUGUACGUGGACCUGCUGUACCGUCUCACCCGCGAUGGGAUGCGCUUCCAUAAGGCCUGCAACUUGGUGCAUGAAUUCACUGAUGCCGUCAUCCAGAAACGGCGCCACACCCUCCCCAGUCAGGGUUUGGAUGACUUCCUUAAGUCCAAGGCUGAGUCCAAGACUUUGGACUUCAUUGAUGUGCUGCUGCUGAUCAAGGAUGAAGAUGGAAAGCAGCUGUCAGAUGAGGACAUCAGAGCGGAGGCUGACACUUUCAUGUUUGAGGGCCAUGACACCACGGCCAGUGGACUCUCCUGGAUCCUGUAUAACCUAGCGAGGCACCCAGAAUACCAGGAGCGCUGCCGGCAGGAGGUGCAGGAGCUGCUGAGGGGCCGAGAACCGGAGGAGAUUGAAUGGGACGACCUGAACCAGCUGCCCUUCCUGACCAUGUGCAUCAAGGAGAGUCUGCGGCUGCAUCCUCCGGUCCCUGUCAUCUCUCGAUGCUGCACUCAGGACAUUGCGCUCCCAGAUGGCCGGAUCAUCCCUAAAGGUGUCACCUGUCUCAUCAGCAUCUUUGGGAUUCAUCACAACCCAUCUGUGUGGCCGGACCCUGAGGUCUAUAACCCCUUCCGCUUUGAUCCUGAAAACAUGAAAGACAGAUCACCGCUGGCAUUUAUUCCCUUCUCAGCAGGGCCCAGGAACUGCAUAGGACAGACUUUUGCCAUGAGCGAGAUGAAGGUGGCGCUGGCGCUCACACUGCUGCGCUUCUGCCUCCUGCCAGACGACAAGGAGCCGUGCAGGCAACCGGAGCUGAUCCUGCGCGCGGAGGGCGGGCUGUGGCUGCGGGUGGAGCCAUUGAGCACGGGCACACAGUGACCUGGGGCCACCCCACCCACCCAACUACCUCUGUGGAUCCCAGAAUAAUCAGAGCUGUCACCCAUAUCUGAACCUUGCCAAAUGCCAAAAGGGGGAUGCUAUGUAUGGUUCCUGUGUAUGGAUUGAGGGAGGCCGGCUGGUACCCUUGACUUCCUCUAAUUAACCAGAGGUCUUUAUAGUGAAGGUGUAUUCUCCUUCAGCCAAGCUGAACUACUCUCUAGACAUAGAAAGCCAAGGGAAGGUAGGUCUGUGCAAGAGAGGGUCCAGGAUGAAAGGCAAGUCUGAGCUCUGUUUCUCACGGCAAAUCCUUUAUUUCAGCUCCAUUUCCACUACAUUGACCUCCAUUCUAACCACUCGAUAGACCCGUCUUCUCUCACCUCGGAAUUAUUUAAUUAUUUUUCUUAGAUGGGGAAAGGGAGGGGAGGAGGUACUAAAUUACUGUGUUUAGUAAACCUAAA